AUGUCCCUCGACAGUUUACGGGAAACCCUACGCCAGGAGAAGACAAAUGAAGCCGCACUCGCAUCCACGACGUUGCAGCGCCAUUUCCGGGCUCUCUGGAAGGUAACAGGCUGCUGCAAUGCCACUCUGAACGGGCACCAGCCCAGACCAGAGGACUUCGUCUACAACGAACCAGACGAAGACGAACUGCGUUUUCUCGAAGAAAACGACAUUUCAAACACACUAUCAUUUCAGAAUCCCACCAAAUCAGUCUUCACAAAAUCAUCGCCGUCUUCAGCCGUCAGCACCCCCAGCCUUGAGGAUCAACUGCGCGCUGCCUCUGCCUCGCCCUCUGAUGCAAUCCAAUCCAAGAACAUAGUCGACGCAUCAAUGCCAAGCGACACUAUUAAUGUUGUUCCUCGGGUAAAGACACCGCAUGUAAAAACGCCCCCUGUGGAAGAGGAGGAAACGAAAAGGGUCAACCCUGAAGCAGCCGAUGCUGUCCAGGAUGCACGAGAUCAGAACGAUUCUGCCGCCGAUAGCCCUGCUGCAGACCUCAAGGACAUCGCCCCGCCAAUGGACGAAGACAUAGAUGCUUCUGCAACCGAAGACCAGCCCAAGUCACCACAGGUCGUACAUCUGCCACCGAAAGAGGAGCAAGAAGCCAGGCUGCAAGAUACGGAGAGGAGGCUGAGCAAGGCUGCUGAAAAAGAACGAAAGGAAGAAGAACGCCUUGCCAACCUUCCCACACAUGCGUCCAUCGAUGUGUCCUCGCCAUCAUCAACCGUUGGACCGUACUCUCAGGCAACACCACAUGCUCAACAUCACUCUCCCGACACUAGCCCAGACAUGGAAGCCUACAAGGAACGCAACAAUGUACCGCUACCAGAUGACGAUGUUCUUGACCCCGCUGCUCAACAAGUAAAGGAGGAUCAUGAGCGUGCGCUACAGAAACGAAUGACGGAAGCAAGGGAACAUGCUCGAGCACGUGAAGAGGACUCUCCCACACCCGACAUUGAGAAGCAGCUGGAGGAUGAGCAAGCAAUACGCAUAGCACGAGACGGAAAGAGCCGCUUAGGCGAAUCACAGCCCGGAAGCGACGUGCAUUCGUUGACAGAGGGCAUCGACCAUGUUUCACGUAAUAACGUUCCAGACACGGACCAGUCGACUGAGUGGAAGACUGCCCAGGACAAUGCGGUUGACUCGUUGCCAACGCCAGCUACGGUCGCUGCGGAACCUUCGGCCCUGGACCGUGACAAUGCCGACCGCAGAAACAGCCAAUCGCAACCUAUUUCCGCUACUGUUGAUCACCCCACACCCCCUGCUGACGUGGAUACCGAAAUGCGGGAUGCACCAGCGACAGACACGCGGGGUGCAACCUCACCCCAACGGCACAACUCUCACAACGACCGUAUGACCACCCGCGUCGCUUCGGGAGCAAUUCGACAAAAAUCUGUUUCUGAGAUCAUCUCAGACAAGGCGGCUCACAAGUCGAUCCUCACACCUCGUUCGAGCAACCUGUCGGCUUCCACCAGUCCUCCCCGAGCGAGGACUAACCAGCGCAAAUCCCAGCAAGUCUCGACCAUCGUGUUUGCAAAGAAGACCCCAACCCGAGCAUCCAAAGCCCUGCAGUCAUACAAUGAAGACUAUGCCUCUCUUCAGGGUGCUUCGGAAGAUUCCAGUCGAGAUUACCUGGAGGGACUGUUCAAAUACCAGGCUCAUCACCCUCCGCGGUCUGUGCCCUUACAGGACCUUGUUGCCUCUGCAAGAAAGACGGUGUCGACAGCAGGAACACUCGCAAUGAUUCGUGAGCAUCAAGAUUACAAAAUCCUCAAGAGAGUGUAUCAGUUACAAAAUGCCAACCGGUGGUCUUUACGACAACUUCAAAAGGCAGCUGAACCCGAACGUCCCUUUACCCACCAGGACCAGCUCCUCCUCGAAAUGAAGUGGAUGCAGACGGAUUUCAAGGAAGAAAGGAAAUGGAAGAAAGCUCUUGCUGCUACAUUUGCAGAGUGGUGUGCCGAGUAUGUGAGCUGCUCACCGGAAGAGAGGGCAAGCCUACGGGUCAAUGCACACAUCCCGAAGACUGCAAGGCGCACAAGCAACGAUGAAGAUAUGAAUGAUGCCCCCACGCCAGACCUCGUCCAUUCCAGCACGCAUGAGACAGAGAGCGAGUCUUACGGUGAAGACGACGAUGUUCUCACACCCGUCAACGCCAAUCCUCCUGCUGGUCUCUUUUCUCUAGGAUACAACGAUGUCGUCAUGAAGAUUAAUCGCACGCCUGCCAGCGAUACCAUGUUCCGGGAACUACCGCUUUACGAUCCUAUGUUCGAGGGCUCCAGCGACACCAAUCCAUUUUCUUUAACGGAACCCCCUAUUCUUCCUGUUUCGAAGUUUGUCACAGGCAAGCUUGUUUCACAAAUCCAAGGGCCACCAAAGAAGCGAAGUAGAUACGACUACGACUCUGAAGAUGAACCUUCGACGCCGCCAAGUCGAUGUGGAACCUCAGCAGAGCAUUCGAUGCCAUCUACUCCAGGUCGCAGACUGUUCUGCCGCAAUGAUCUGCCACCAGAGAUGACCAAUGUUGCAUUGUUCAAUGCUGAGAACAAGCACGUCCGUGACCGUCUGCAAGCCGCCCACCAGUUCAGGCCACCAACAGAGUUCAAUAUGCCUACUGUAUCUUUCUUCGAGAACCGGACUCCGUCACAGUGGCUGUGGGAGGAAGACCAGAAACUACGAGCUUUGGUCAAGGAGUACACCUUCAACUGGUCUCUGGUUUCUCAGCAACUGUCUCUACCAUCGCUAUUUGUAUCUGGGUCAGGUCGUCGGACACCUUGGGAAUGCUUCGAACGCUGGGUGCAGCUCGAGGGACUGCCAGCAGAAAUGUCAAAGACACAGUACUUCCGCACCUACCAAGGUCGAUUGGAGCAAGCGAACAAGACUGUAUUUGCUCAGUUCCAGGCCCAGCAGCAACAGCAGCAGCAGCAAGGACAGACACCAGGACAGCCGCGCCGAAGACCCACAACCACGCCAAUCAGAGUUGAGAGGAGAAGAGAGAACCGUCAUCUCGCCAUUAUUGAUGGCAUGCGCAAGUUAGCCAGGAAACGCGAAUCUGCUGCCCACAAGCAAGCCGAGUCUCAAAAGGCUGCUGCGCUUCGCAAGGCACACGAGCCUGCGCCACCAAAGAACACCGUUCACACGCCUCAAGAGUUCAGUCGUCUCAAGUGGGAACGCGAAGAGAAGCUGAAGCAACGGCAAAUGGCGCAGGAGAUGAUGGCUAGACAACAAAUGGCAGCACAGCGGCAGCAAGCCCAAAUGCAGGCACAGGCAGGGAUGACGAACGGUGUCAGCAAUCAAAUGCAACGUAAUGGCACGCCUGGGGGCAACAAUAUUCCUCCACAAAUGGCUAAUGCGUCUAUGCAACAGGGUCAGAACGGCCCGACAAUGGCUGCCAGGGGGCACCAAUCCCAGCAGGGUAUGCCAGCUAAUUUCGGAAAUGGUAACAUGUCUGGUGUCCCCAUGGGCACACCAGGUGUUCCCCAGGCACAGAUGCAGGGUAGCAUGCAGAAUGGACAACGUAUGGGCCCGCCGGAACAGAUGCGUAUGGCAAUGCAAAGAGGCCAGUUCAACGCUAACCAACAACAUCAAUUCCAACUCCAGCAACAACAAAUCAACAUGGCUAGCAAUCUGUCCCAGGGCAUGGGUAUGAACGGCAUGCCAAACGCGAACAUGAUGGCAUCCAUGCCGAAUCAAAACAUGAAUGGUGCCAUGAACAGUGCCAUGAACGGAAUGUCGAACAACGCCGGAUCUCCACGGAUCAACCAGAGUAACGGAAACAUGCAAACCCCUGCACGUCCCCUAUCCAGCGGGCACAUGCCUCAACUCCUCCAAUUCCAAAAUCAACUAAAGGUACAGCAUCCGGACUGGACCCCAGAACAAGUCACAAAACAGGCCUCCGACCACCUCUCCCGUUUCCUGGCUAAGCAACGUACACAGGCAAUGAACGCAGCAGCUGGAUCACCUGGCGUAUCUCCUGGUCCGCAAAUGGCGAACAACCAGUACUUCCAGCAGAAUGGUGGCAUGGCCAAUACUCCUCAGCCAAAUGCGGUACAGAACUAUCAGCAGCAACUUGUUCAGCAACAGCGGCUGAUGGCCAGACAGCAAGCCGGUAGUCCAGGACUGAAUGGUCGACCUCCCAGUCGAAGCGCGACGCCGCAGAACCCGCAAAUGCAACAGAGUCCGGGCAUGCAGCAAGCGCAGAUCAACCGGACUUAG